AUGUUACUUCACUGCUGCAGUGUUAGUGUUGGUCUGUAUUCAGUGUUGACUGUCUGCUGUUCCUGCUUUUACCACAAGUUGGACUUCUCCUGCCGCUCUGCUCUGGAUCUGACAACAAACACAGACUCAGAGCCUCUACAUCUGACCGCUGACGACUGCCGUGUGAUGUCCAGAGUCAUUCAGAGAGCUCACUCAGACACAAAGACACGGCUGAUUCUGCAGGACUGUGAGAUUCAUACAGCUGGAAUGGAUCAGCUGUUCCCAGUGUUACAUUCUGUUCAGCUCUGCUGUGAUAAACCUCUGCUGCUUCAGUUUCUGACUCAUGUGAGGCCUGAGAAAGCUCAGUGUCUCUCUAGAGCUCUGGGUGAAGAGUUGGAUCUCAGUCAGACUCAGCUGGAUCUGCAGGUCUGUAGAGGUCUGGAGCUGAUUCUGGAAUAUUCUGAAGGACUGACAGAACUGGAUCUGAGUCAGUGCUGUCUCACCGAUCACAGCCUGGAUCUGCUGCUCCCAAACCUCCACAAAGCUCAAAACAUUGAUUUUAGUGGCAAUAGCAUCACUGAUGCUGGGGCUGAGAAAAUCCACAGGAUCGUCACGCGCAACAGUAACAUAAAGACAGUAAGGCUCUUCAACAACAGAAUUGAAUCCAGAGAGCUCUUCAGGACAGACCCCCGAUUUGAGAUCUGGUGAUGCCAGUAAACUCUCUCUGGAAUCAACAAACAGAGGGCAGCAACAAGGGCCAAGAAAAUCCACAGUGAAGGUGGCAAGGAGGAGAUAGACAUCAAAACAACCAAACGAAAGAGCAAGUGCAUUUAUACCAUUGAUUAGCUAAUCUUUCCCUCUUCAUCCUAAAGAAGAGAAAGAUAAUUUGCAAGCAGGCAGUGUUUGACUGUCUGAACUCCAGUGUUUAUUGCAAACACAAUACAAGCGAGACAUUAUACUCAGGAAAUCACACUUACCUCCUACAUGUGACUGAAAUGUUUGGCUAGUUAGGCAGGAGGGUAAAAAAAGGGCUUUUGUUUUUACAGCUACAGUAUUAAUGUCAUGGUACUAAAGCAGUUAGGAUAUGUCACAACUGUAUUACAGAUGUUUGCAGGA